CUACACAACGGAAUUAUAGGAAUUGAUUUCAUGAUACUGCUGUCCCAAAAAUGCUUCUCCUAGAUUAUCAUAACGUCCUCAUACACUCGCUCCUAACUGAGCGGUUCUCUGGAGCUGCCCCGGUUUCCAUUGACCAGGUAGUUUCCGACUUCGACGGUGUUACGUUCCAUGUCUCUACGCCCGAGGUCAAAUCAAAAAUUCUCAUCUCCAUCGCCGUACGCUGCUUCCGUGAGUUGGUACAAUAUGGGGCACAGGGUGUCCUGGAAAGAGAGUAUGGUCCAUACAUUGUAUCUCCCGAGCCGGGAUACGACUUCUCAAUCAUGGUAGACUUAGAUACUCUCCCUGUUGAGCAGGACGCGAGGGAUCAACUAGCUAUGAGCAUCUCGCUACUGAAACGAAAUGCCAUGGCCUCACCCUUCGAGAAGGCCUUUGAGGAAUUCCAGAAGCUUGAGGAAGAGUCUAAUAAAUACUCGCUUGAAGCUUUACCACAGCAAUUGAAAGACGGUGGAGAAGUAAUGACUGUUCAUUACCGAGAUGAGGAGGCCAUAUUCAUCAAGGCUGGAUAUGAUUGCGUUACGGUUAUAUUCAGCACUGUCUUCAGGGACGAGACGGAUAGGAUCUUUGGAAAGGUUUUCCUCCAGGAAUUUGCCGAUGUCCGGAGACGAGCUAUACAAAACGCACCCCAGGUUCUCUUCCGCAACGACCCGCCUCUAGAACUUCAGGGUAUUCCAGGCCUCAAAGAUUCUCGAAAUGGAGAAGUUGGCUAUAUCACAUUUGUCCUCUACCCCCGUCACCUUCUACCACAGAAGCGUGCAGAGACAAUAUCGCAUAUACAAACCUUCCGUGACUAUUUCCACUACCACAUCAAAGCCUCCAAGGCGUAUAUCCACACCAGAAUGCGGAAACGCACCGCAGAUUUCUUGCAGGUCCUCAACCGUGCGAGACCAGAAAACGAAGAGAAGGAGAGAAAGACUGCCAGUGGAAGAACAUUCCGUGUUCAGGGUUAG